AUGUCCCUUCAAAACGUAAGUGCCGCCCCACCGCCGAACAUCACAAUGGUGGCCGUUGACAAAGACAAGAACAGUGCCUACGCUUUUCGUUGGGCCGUUAAUCAUCUUGACAACCCCGUCAUCAUUGCCGUCCAUGUCAAGCACAAAAACUUUUCUCAUCAUGUCACCAAUGUGUUUCCACCGGACGAAGAAGAUGUAGCCAAUAUUUUUAAUAACUUGCGAGGAAUGUGUAAUCGCAAAGCUGUGACGAUGAAAGAAGCCGUAAUCGAUGAUGCCGAUGUUGUGAGAGGACUUCUAGAGUUUGCAAACAGGAAUCUCAUACAUACUAUCGUCGUCGGUGCAUCCGUCAAAAACCCUUUGUCAAGGUCUCGCUAA